CAGACAAGGCGAUCUUCCUCCUCUCGAAGCCGAACCGCUGCAGCGGCGUUCCAGGGCAGAGCACAUGGAGACAAACAGCAGAGAAGCACUGCAGGCAGACUUUGAUGCAUUUGAUAUUUCGGAAGAGCUGGGAUUUCUCCUUGAAGUGCCACUGACUCACCUUCCAGAUUAUUACCGGGUAUGGCUGGACCUGGCGAGCAACCUCACUCAGCUGAUCGAGUCACGCAAACUCCGCGAUCUGGUUCAUAAGAUGCCUGUGUUGAGCCCCCAUCUCUUGAGUAACCACCGCGAGCUGAGGCUGGCCCACCUCGCGCUGGGAUUCAUCAGCAUGGGAUACGUCUGGCAGGAAGGCCAGCACGCCCCGGCGCAGAUUCUUCCCAAAGCCCUGGCCUGGCCCUUCUGGAUGGUGUCUCGCAGGCUUGGACUUCCUCCCAUUCUGACCUAUGCAGAUUCGGUUUUAGCAAACUGGAAGUUGCGCGACCCCACAGGAGAUAUGGAAGUGCAAAACUUGGACUUGAUAUUUUCCUUUCCUGGCGGUGAGAGUUGCCGGGGAUUUUUUAUUGUGUCAUUGCUGGUUGAGAUGGCUGCCAGUUCAGGCAUAACGGGGGCCCUGGAGGUGAUGCGCGCCAUGAAAAUGCCUGACCUCGUCGGCAUACAGAGAGGUCUCAUCAAAGUGACUCAGUCUUUGAAGAAGAUGAAGGAAACUUUCAAACUCAUGCACAAUCAUGUGGAGCCGGCUGCGUUUCAUGGAACAUUGAGAAUCUUUGUCUCGGGGUGGCGAGAUAACCCAAUGCUCCCGAGAGGGCUGUUGUAUGAGGGUGUGAGCAAUGAGCCCGUUUUGUUGUCAGGUGGAAGUGCGGCCCAGAGUUCAGCCAUUCAAUGCUUUGACGCUUUGCUGUGCGUCCAGCACGAGUACGAGACUGGAGCUUUCCUGACACGCAUGAGAGAUUACAUGCCUCCUGCCCACCGCCAGCUGACAGAAGCGCUCUCCCUCUGCCCACCUCUCCGAGAUUUCAUCUUGUCUCGCCCCGGCGGCGACCUCUGCCAGGCCUACAACUCCUGCGUCGCCGCGCUGGUGGAUUUACGUAACUACCAUCUCAACGCCGUGGCCAAGUACGUGGUGGUGCCCGGCAGCCGCUCCGUGGGCUGCCCGCUCCGCGGCGUGGGCACCGCGCUCAACGCCACCGGCACGGGCGGAUCGAACGUCAUGGGGUUUCUCAAGAGCGCCCGCAACGCCGCACAGAAAGCCAUGAUUUUAGAGAGGCCGUCGGUAUCAAGGGAAGCUGAAACGUAGAUUUUUGGGGGGUUUUUUAGCGUUGAUUAUGAAGUCGCUAUGCCUGUGAUUGCAUUCGGAAAGAUUCAAAGAAGAAUAAAUAGAGAUAAAUAUCUCCAAAGUGAGUCAAACAUGUUGGACAGUUGCACUUGUGAAGUUUUAAGCCUGAGUGGAAAUAAGCAAUAAGUCAUGCAUGAUUAAAAUGCCGGCGUAAUGAUGAGACGCUAAAUUCAAAAUAUGCUAAUUCAGAUGUUUAACCUUUAAUAUUGAGUCAAAAUGCCAACUCUUGCCGAAGCCUCAUAAUUAAAACAGUUCAUUUGGAAAAACGCUUGGAACGAUCGAGGGAUGUGACUGUAAGUGGACGAUUAAGCUGUAGAGGUUAGCACGGCCGUCUCACAGCUAAAAUGAAAAAAAAGAAAAAAACUGAGAUGGUCAAGCUGAAGAGUCUUUGUAUGUUUUUUUUUUAA